AUGUCGCACUACCGAUUCAUCUCCCUAGCUACCAAGCCCUCCGCUCAGCUCAGCUACAGUUUCCACCCCGCCGGGGGCGCCGCCAAGCAGCCCGCUCUAGUCGUCUUCGUCAACGGCCUCGGACUCCCGCAGACCUCCUGGGAGGGCGUCAUCGCGCGCCUGCAGACCCAGCCUCCCGCCGCCGGCCUGCCAGCGAUGCUAACCUACGACCGGUACGGCCAGGGCCAAACCACCGACCGAGACCCCGCCGACAGCACCGCCGAGGACCCCACGCACGGCCACGACACAUUGACCGUGGUCCGGGACUUGCACCAGCUACUCACCCAAGUGGCCGCGGAGAAGAUGGGCGUCGCCAACCUCAGCGAACUACCGCUCAUCCUAGUGUCCAACUCAAUCGGCGGCGCAUUGGCCCGCCUCUAUGCCCAGGAAAACCCCGGCACCGUCGCCGGACUCCUGUUCCUGGACAGCGUGCUCGCCAACUCCGACUUCAUCUCCAUCUACCCGGACCCGGAGGCGGCCGGGUUCGAUCCGCGCAGCUUGCCAGAAGGGGUAGACGCGGAGGCGAUCCGCGCCGCAAGAGCCUACAUGCAACGCGUCUUCCACCCCAGCAACGGCAGCCGCGAGGGUCUGAGCCGACGCAACCUGGCGCAGCUCUUGCCGGCCAGCGACGGGCCCAGGUUGCAGGGCCCGGACGGCCGCGGGCCCUGGGUGACGGUGGUGGGCCAUGAGUUCGAGACGUUUCAGGUGGAAUUCGAGAAGAUGGGCGGCGCGCCUCCGCGGCUCACGCAGCUCUACCUGAAUCCCUACUGGCAUCGGUUCAAUGAGGGGCUGGCGAGGCUGACCGACGCGGAGCGGAGCAAGGGCCCGCUUCAGGCGCCGGGGGCCGGGCACUUUGUCCAGAAGGAUAAUCCGGCCUUUGUUGCGGAUGAACUGCGUGAGAUGCUUGACAAAGCUGUGUGA